AUGAAGCUGACUGUUUCUGCUUUGGCUCUUAGCCUUGGGGCUUCUGGGGUUCUUGCCUCCAACUUUGUGGCUUCUUGCAAGGAGAGUACCAUCAAAGUCUCGGGCAGAACUCUGACCGCCAGCUGCAAGAACAUCUUCGGUAACUACAAGUGUUCCCACCUCAACUUGAACACCUGCUUGAAGAACCGAUACGGCAGCCUCCAGGCUGACCCAGAUGGAACGGGUCCGCACUUGGAUCAAUGCAUCAACUGCACCAACGAGGAGCCUGACACUGGUGUGAUUGUUGAUGGUGGUCCGUCGCUACUGUACUGCCAAUGCGACCCGGGUACCGGGGCUGCCCAAGCCAACUGGCCGACAGCCAUCUUUGACCUGAACACCAUUGUGGAUAACCAGAACGGCAUUUUGCAUUGCUACGAUGUUAAGGGUACGGUCUGCUGA